GGGCGUGUCCAGGGAAAGACAGAGGUACAGGUGAGACAGGUGGAUCUGUCAUUUAGUGUCUGUCUGGACUCAACAUCAGCAGCAACCAAUAACUACGUCUAAGUACUGACUGCAAAUCUGCACCAAGCACAAUGAGUGCAGGUGGAGCAGCUGAUGGUGGUUCAGAUGGGGUGAGGGUUUACCAUGUCCACACUCCCUUCCCCAAUCAGGAAACCCAUACGGGCACAAACAUUCCAGUGUACACUAGUGGCGGAGGAAACCUAGGAGCCACCCUGGGGUCUGGAGAAGGCAAGCAGAAGUUUGUAAGCUAUGACACAGCGCUGGGCUUUAACCCUGGCAUGACCACCUGCCCCAACUGUCAGCAGCAGGUCAUGACCAACGUCAGUUACAAAGCAGGGAAGUAUGCCUGGCUCAUGUGCCUGCUCUUCAUCUGCCUCGGGUUGAUCCUGUGCUGUUGCCUGAUUCCCUUAUUGAUGAAAAGAUUCAAGGACGCGUACCACACAUGCCCCCGCUGCAACAGAGUCCUGCACGUCGAGAAGAGGCAGUGCUGUAAAUGACAGGCGUGAAGGCACAAAUGGACCCAUAGAAACACCAAAUUAGAGCCUGUCACCUCCGUCUGUGCUUUGGUCACAUUUUAAGGGACGGAAUAAAAGCAGGUUAUUUCUAUGGGUGAACCAUUGCUUUCACGAAGAGGAAACCAAACAUCAACGACUUCCACAUGAUAGCUUAUUAUUCACUAAGAGACCUGGAGUGAUUUAACUGUCAGAGCUGCUCACUUGUUCAUGCUUUGGCAGGUAUAAUAAAGCACAUCCAAUGCACUUUUUGGUUCCAGCAGAAAAACAAAUCCCCUUUGAUCCCUCUAUCAAACUUCUGUAUACCUAAUGUUGAAAUGAAGGCUUGUACAUAGACUAAAUCCUAAUACUUUAUAUUAUUUUUAAGGUGUCCUUCUGAAAUAUAAUGGCUUCUAUGUUUUAUAGAUAAACACCAACACAAGAGCAAAAAAAGCUUCCACAGAAACAUUUAUCAGAGCAAAAAUUUUAAAUAUCUGCAGUUAUUGCACUAACAUUUAUGUUGGCAUUUUUCUGGAUAUUUUACAUUUUCUAGAAUAAAAGCAGAUUCUCUGUUUUUUAUGUUAAAUUCUAAUCAAUAUUUAUAUGUUUACAGUCAUUAAAAUACACUUUUAGUACAUAUUUAAUGUUAUGUUGGGCAUUUUGAACAAACAUAACACCCCCAACAUGUGACGCUAAUGUGACAUUUAUAAUGUUGAUGGAGUCGCUCAUUGACAGAUUCUUUACACAGUGAUUAUUAAAUCACUUUAUUGUGUACUGUAAUCACAGUCCUAAAUAUCUGUCUGUGGUUCAGAGACCUUCAGGUUAACCUAAGAAUAAAGAAUAAAUGUCCAUUAAAAUAUCAACAUGUUACAUCCUUGGUAUUAUAUUAAUAUUAUUUACUUAAGUGCUCUUUAGCUACAGCUUGAUGACAAAAAUCACAAAAUGAAUAAAGAGAAAUGCAACAGAA